UUCAAAAUGGCGGCUUUAAUCAAUGAGAUGAUAAUCAUGUAGUGUAGUUAGGCUUGUAAAAAGCCUCAUGCAUUCAAAACACCAUAUUAUGGAAUUUCGGUCUGAUGAAGAAUUAAAUAAAUGGUAAACAUUAAGGAAUAUUCAAGAUGAUGAAGUAUAAUUCACGGGGACCACAGCAGGUUUACCAUGAGGAUGAAACUGCAUGUGGUCCUCUAUGUCAACACCCAGCGUGUUGGCAGUCCACAAAUCGACGUGUCAAAAACAUCCCUCGCAAACUGGAAAAACUUCCACCACGGGAGGAAAUUGAAACAGAUUUGCCAACAGUGAAGGUGUGUAACAUGCUGUCAGACUAUGGGGAGGACUCAGGAGACCAUUACCCUAUGUAUCACACCAAUCAGCCUAACAAUGUCCGAGCUACUUCUGUACCCAACCUACCAUCACAGAUGACCAAGACCAGACCCUAUCAGAGUACUGGCCUGCGACUAACAGCCCCAGCCAGCACCCCUGUGAUCCACAAUAUGGACCCUCGCUCCAAACAGCAGCGACAGCAGGACCAGAUGAAUCGUCGCAACCUCAAGUAUGUUGAGGUCCAGGAGGUAUUUGACCUUGAGGAUCUCAACAGUACCUGGGAUGACACCUUUAUAGCCAAACAGUAUUAUGUAUGGGUCCCCAAUGGCAAGGGCAGGACUCCUCGUAGUGAAAAAUCAGCCGAUCAACAAUCCUCUAUAAGCCAAAUGAAUGCCUCAAGAAAAGUUCUUGUGAAGGACAUGACAGAGGAUAUGAUUCCGCGUCAUUAUGAGUAUGAACGCUACAUGCAGGCCAGAUCUCCAUCAGUCAGGGCUGACAGCUGGCCGGUACUGAAGAAAAAACGUGCCGUGACAUCACCGACAUACAGCAUGUACAAUCGCCGUACCCCUUAUUCGAGCAUCGGUAAUUCUGCCCAUGGGAGGACAGCAGCUAGAUACAGAUGGGUAGGUACAAUAGGAGGAUGUGCAUACUUCAGAAUUGACGAUUUGCUUGAUCUUCCUCGAGAUAUCCUGGUCAAGGUGUUGGAUCAUGCCAAACAGAGUGACUUUAUGUCGCGAGACCGUAUCCACGAGAUUAUAGAGCGUUUCUUGCCCCCAUAUGACCGAGUUACCACCAACAUGUCGACAGCCAGCUCUGACCUCCUACAGCAGAAGAAGAUGAACCUACACAUGUCCAAGGCCCGCCAUCUUCGCCAAGCCCACCUCAUGGAGACAAAACCGGUAUUCUAUCUGGAUGAUGAUGAGGAAAAUAUACAGGAAGAGGAUGAAGAGGAGGAGGAAGGGCAGGUCACUGGACGUGUAACAGACACACAACGAACUAAUGAUAGGCGCUUUGACAGUGACUAUGGCUCCUUCCGGGACUUUUAUUUUGGUGGCAUGAAAGAUUUCCCAAGAUUCCGGAAACCUUUACCAGCCAUAGGAGAUAAUCCCUCGAAGAUCCCAUCCAUUUCGUUAGGCCUUCCCGAGCUGCCAUUGGGUCUACGUAAAACACGUACCUUCACAUAUAACAAGAAGAACUACAGAGAUGUUGACUUUACACUUGCACCCAUGCCUAUACCACCUGGCAGUUUGAGAGAAUCAGCAGAGCUACAGGACCAAUCAGAGCGCAACUCACCAUCCCAGGUCAACAUUCAGUCCCCUUCCACCCCAAAAGCUCCAGUUGAUAUACCAGUAUCUCAUGAGGAGAAAAAGGUCGCUGCUGAAGCUGUUCAGUUUCAGCGAUUCAAGAGGGACAUUGUCCAUUUAUGGACGUACUGGCAUUCUCCGACCCGAUCCGCUACUGGGAUGUCUGGUACACCCUUACAUGCUGUUUCUCCCGCCGUGAGUACAAAAGUGCCCCAGGCCCCGGCCACCACGCCUGCUGCCACUCAGUCCCCUUCCAAGGCCUUCUUCAGGGAGCCAUCGGCCCCUCCCCCUACAGCGGAGGGCACUCAGGCGGACCUGAUGAUCUCACGGACAAGCACACUGUCUCCAACACAGAAUAUUCGGGCACCCAUGAACUCUCCGAGGGAAACUUCACCGGAGCGUACUCGUACAGGAAGGAUAUUCGGUCUGGGACUUGAUACCAUUGAGGAGAAGAAACAUGAGGAGUCAGCCGAUAUUGGGGCAGGUGUUUCACGUAGUCGCAGUGUUCACUUCUCAACAGCUGAGGUUCCUGAAAUCCCACCGCCUCCCUCUUCUCCGCAAGAGGAAGAUGAUCGGUCAGAUCUGACAACACCACUGGCCACUCCAGUGGUCAAGGACCAGGCAGGCCGUGUGACAGUACUAACCAACCAGAACACUGUAAAUACUCGAGAACCUACUCUCACCUCCUUUGAUCUUCAGGUUCCAAUGGACAGAAAGCGGGAAUCAACUAUGGGAUCAACACCGGAGCCCUGGCCAGCAGUCAAUGAAGCUGACUUUGAUGUCACACCAUCCUCAACUAAGUUGGCGUUACACAGCGAUCAUGCUAAGAAUGGCGCGGUCAAUGAUUCCAGAAUGGCUGUAAUUGACCCAAUGUCUGACCGGUCCUCCAUUCAUAAUGGACAAAAGUCAGAAGACAUCAGCAGUAAUUCUAGUGCAGCUAACACAAAACAGGAAGAUAUGAAGAAAGCAGAAUCCCCCGGCCCUCCUCCUCCCUCCCCCGAGGCUAAGGACAAGAGUAGGAAUGCCUUUGACAUUCCUAAAUCUGGUGGACGCAGGCGUGACAUUAUGUCCAGAGAGUCACUCACAAUGACACCUUUGAUGGAAGGUGACGAGGAAGGGGAAGUAUCUCUCAGUCAGGGACAUGUGAAGACUAUUGUAGUGUCUGUGCCUCCUCUCGGAACGGCUGGAAAGCCAAGGAACAAGAAUAACAGGACAGUUGAUACGUUUGUAAGUAUAGAUAUUCCAGCAGUCUCCGUUGAGAAAGUUGAAGAUGGGGAUGAAGGAGUGAAACAGGGAGGUCGUACUCAGGGGCUGGAAACAACUGUGGAAGAAUCCCAGGAAGACAUUGAAUCUCUGACACAGACCAUUAAUACAAGAGAUGUUCCUCUGUCGGCCAUGAGCUCUUUGGUUGACCCGUCUAUGGAUGGCCAGGAUUCCAUAUCAGACAUGAUGUCGGCGGGGGUGGCACCAUCCCAGGCAGGGAAUGUAUCGCCAUCUUCCACCCUCCCUGAUAAGGUACAGAACAUAGAUCUGAAGGUUUUCAUUACUGGGGAUGACCAGAAAAGUGACCAUAAUGGUAAGAUCACAGAGCGAUCAGAGGCGAAGGAAGAGGAGGAUAUAACAGAAAAUGGAGGAGAUCAUGAAGGAUUCAAACAAGAACUUCGUCAGGAGUUACAGAAGCUGCAGAUAGUCCAAGGAGGUACCAUGGAGGACCCGAAUGAACAAACCACUGCACCAAGAGAGGAAGAGACAAGACCAGUCGCCGCGGAGACGACAAAUCUAGAGGACAUGAGACUGGAAGGCGAUCAACGACAUGUUCUAGAAGGAGCAAGUGAUUCGAUACCAGAGGGACAGGGGCAAUCAGAGGGGGAGAUGAAGGAGACGGAAGAUAAAUUGUCAAAUGAUGUGGAACAGCAGGAACAGUCAGGAAGCUGAACUGUAGGGUCUGUCCCUGACAAUCAAUUUAAAGAGAAAACUACAAGAACAACGCUGUUUUAUAUUUCUUGUUAAACACCGCGAGUUACAGACAGAUUAUGUACUGUGUCUACAGUCCUAAGACCAACGCUAUUCAGUUCCGUAUCUUUAUAAAGAACUAAGAGAUUAUGGUAUUACUAAGUGUGUAUGUUCUACCUGUGUCAUUGUUUUCUCUGUUCCAUUGUCAUACCCCAUCAUGUGAGUUUGCUGUUUUAAAUAAUGAACAGCAUUUGUCAGGUCAGCUAAUGCCUUGUUUCUACAGUGAAAAAAUGUCAUAAUAUUUAUUUCAUGACUUGUAAUUAUAUUUUGGAAAAUGCAAUAUAUUUUUAUAUUACAAGACUUUUUUAUGGAUCGUUUUUAAAGACACAGAAAAUAUCAAUUGCACUCUAGCCAUAUAUAACCUAGACGAUCUUUAUUCGAAUACCUGAUCUUAUGAACAUUUUCUAAAUUAGUUUCAUGUAUGAAUGUAUUUACAUAAAGUAUUGGUAGACUAUAAAAACUUUUAAAAGUUUUUGAAAUCAUUAACAUAUGUUAUCAACAAACUAAACAUCAUCAAUUUCUUACCUACAAAACCUCUGUAUGGUCUCUACACGGCUUUUGAAAAAUGUCCAAUUUGAAAUCUGUAAUUAAUUCAAAAUAGGACAAUGUAAUCAAUGUAAUAAUUAAUGUGUUAUUUACAAUAACAGUAUAUACUUUUCUGAUAUAAAUUUGUGAUGAUGUGAUAGCUAAUGGUAACUUUGGCUAUGUCUGCUGGUUGUCUCUUUAUGUAUCACAGUCUUACUCAAGAAGUCACCUGUUCUAUCAGUGGAAAGUUAUUCUGCUACUAACACAGCAGAUAUCAUAUAUUUUCCUCUUUAUCAUUUCAGCUAUAUAUUUUUAAUAGUGUUAUAGCUAAAUUUGUUCAGUGAUGAAACAUGCGGUUCUCUCUGUUAUGAAACAAGUAUACGUAAUAUAUUGGACAAGCUAUGUCUGUUGUGAGCCCGUGGGUUUUUAUGAAAACACUUAUACCUGAUGUAGAACCAUGCCACGACUGCCUUAAUUCAGUCUAUCACUCAGUAUCAUAUACCUGAUGCUAGGAGCUAUUGGCAACAUUUGUUUGUGAGCGUUAUAACUUUCGUGAUGUAUGUACAAUAUUUUUUCUCAAUAAUAGCAUCUCCUUGAAUGUCUGAUUUGCCUUGUCAUAUCAAUUUACUGUACCUGUAUAAUAACUGCUGUCUGUCCGUUCAUCAGAAACAAUAGGGAGGUUACUCAGUUUAAUUCUAUACAAAAAAAAAUAUUGACUUUACUGAUCAAACAUCUGUAGGAAAAUAAUACCUUAGAUGACUCGGUGACGGAUGGUAGAACAACACAUGUGACAUGGUGUGGAAAUUCAAACUGUCUGUGAUAUUCUUCAUUCUGUGAUACAAUCCUAUCAGUUAAGGAGUUGACAUGCUUUACAGCGCUUUACAGUGCUGUUUGUUUUGUGAAUAUUAAAUUAUAUCUAACAAAG